CAACAUUCAGACGCCUGUUUAGGAGGGGCGAAGGCAGGCGCAUGUGUGCAAGGCGCACGCACAAGACACGACGCACACACCCUCCUAGACAAAAGCAGAGAAGAAUAGACCCGCUGGACCAUCUGGACAUCUCUGGAUCGCUGGGACCGGUCCUUGGGCUUUUAUUCCCCUUGCAAAAAGAAGGCUUUGAAUUCAGGUUUCCUGAACCUUCUCUCCAAAAGGGAGACAUGAGGGACACCGUGAACACCCAGUACGACUCCUUCCUUUACUGGCGCAUGCCCAUUCCGGAACUGGAUCUCUCCGAACUGGAACACCUGGGCUUAGCCGACAUGGCCAUCUACAAGCCCAAGGGAGGCUACUCCGGCCUGGCGACGGACCGCAAGACACCGAACCACGGCCUCUCAGACAGCGAGGAUGGCGACCUUCUCCAGUUCAACAGCUUUAACUUCUGGAGAGCUCCUAUAGCCAGUAUCAGCCCGAUUGAUUUUGACCUUAUCUGAUGCCCGAUGCAACAUAAUAAUAGUGCCGGCUGCUCCACCUGUUUGCGUGUCCCGAUGACCGAUCUCCUUCCUUCUUGUCUUUCCUCCUUCCCACCCCUUUCCCUCCAUCUCUUCCCUUUCGGCGGCCUUUUCUGUCCACGCAGUAACGGCAAACGCUCCUCCGCAACGGCACCCGAGGGAUAUUUUGGUUUUCCUUUAAACAUACGUGAUUGUCUGACA